CAGUGUGGCCUGCUGGGAUCCAGGUGCUGUUCUGAAGGAAGGCAGGCGAGAGGGCCAGUCCUGACGCAGGAGGUUGCUUGUUCCAGGAAGACCUUGAUCCGCUCUGUUUGAUCUUGCACUAUUUGAGUUCAGAGGUCAGAACAAGGGAGUGAAAAAAAAAAGCCUCGCUAAUCUUUACAUUCUGGACACAAACUCUGUUUAUUACAAGUUGGCUCUGCAGGGGUUCCAUUGUCGAUGGGUGCAUUUAUACUGAACUCUGUGUCCAGCCUGGCCCUCAAGUUAAUCAUUCUCCAGAAAGCAGCCAUGAGCACAGUUGAGAACAAGCCAGAACUUCGACAAAGCCUCUGCCCGGCAGAGACGCAGACAAACAAUCAGGCAGCUGCUGGCUCCCUCUUUUGAACCCUUAGCUGCCACCCUUCCUCUCCCCUUGGUCAGCCACUCUGCUGGUGCCUGCAGUUUGGACUCUUAAAAGCAGAACAGCCUACUCCUUCCCUCCACUCUUUUUCUUAACGCUUGGAAGCACAAACCCACCCAGCAAUGGCGGGAAAGAAUUAUAGCUAUCACCGGUUUGUCAUAUUCACUGCUAUGUAUCUUGGGUACACCUUGUACUAUUUCAACAGAAAAACCUUCUCCUUCGUGAUGCCUUCAAUCAUGGAAGAGGUACGGUUGGACAAAGAUGAUUUGGGUCUCAUCGCCAGCAGCCAAUCUGCCGCUUACGCCAUUAGCAAGUUUGUUAGUGGGGUCCUCUCAGACCAACUGAGUGCCCGCUGGCUCUUCUCUUCCGGCCUCCUCCUGGUGGGAUUAGUCAACGUGCUGUUUUCUUGGAGUUCUACCGUUGCCCUGUUUGCAGGACUGUGGUUCUUCAACGGGCUGGCCCAAGGCCUGGGCUGGCCCCCCUGUGGCAAAGUGCUGCGCAAGUGGUUUGAACCUUCCCAGUUUGGGACUUGGUGGGCCAUCCUCUCCACCAGCAUGAAUCUGGCCGGAGGAAUUGGGCCCAUUGUGGCAGCGUUGAUGGCCCUGAGUUAUGCCUGGCGCACCAUCCUGGCCCUCUCUGGCUCACUGUGUGUGGUUGCGUCCUUGGUGUGCCUGCUCCUGAUUAAGAAUGAGCCUUCAGAUGUGGGACUGCCCAACCUGGACUCUAAGCCCAAGAAAGGGAAACAAGACUCCUCGAAGGAUGAUAGCACUUUGGCUGAACUGCUGCGUUCUCCCUACCUCUGGGUCCUUUCUUCUGGCUACCUGGUGGUGUUUGGUGUGAAGACGUGUUGUACUGACUGGGGACAGCUAUUUCUCAUUCAGGAGAGAGGACAGUCGGCCCUCGUGGGCAGUUCCUAUAUGAGCACCUUGGAAAUUGGGGGCCUCGUGGGCAGUAUUGCUGCUGGUUACCUUUCGGACCGCGCAGUGGCCAGGGUGGGCCUCUCAAUCUACGGAAACCCUCGGCAUCCCCUGCUCAUCCUGAUGAUGGCCGGCAUGGCUGCCUCGCUGUUCCUUUUUCGAGUCACAGUAACUGAUAGCUCCUCCAAGGGAAAUUAUUCUUGGAAUCAGUUCCUCUAUCCUCUGGCUGAUCUUGUGGGUUUUACAGAACAUGAGCUCUGGAUCCUGCUCUUAGGAGCUGCCUUUGGGUUUUGCUCUUAUGGAUCGAUUGCACUGUUUGGCGUCAUAGCCAAUGAGAGCGCACCAUCCAACCUGUGUGGCACAUCUCAUGCCAUUGUUGCCCUGAUGGCGAACGUGGGAGGCUUCCUGGCCGGGCUGCCUUUCAGCACGGUGGCCAAAUACUACAGCUGGGGAACAGCCUUCUGGGUAGCGGAGCUGAUCUGCAUAGCCAGCACUGCGGCCUUUUUCCUUCUGAGAAAUAUCUGCACCAAGAUGGGCCGCGUGCCAAAGAAAGUGGACUGAAAGGCCUCACGAUUUGGCUGCAAAGGAGCCUCCUUCGUCCACAGCCAGGACUUCAGGAAGAAAAAUUGGGGGGGGGGGGGGAGCGCUAAGCAGGUUGACUGACUGCCUUUAUCAAGUGGUGGCAAAAUCCCACCAGGUUGUUACUGCCAGCUCUCAUCCUUCAAAACAUAAUGGAGGCCCUUAGUAGUUGGAACUCGUGAGCAAACAUUGGCCUGUCCCAGCCUCUGCUGGGCUCACUGGCGGCAGUGGGAGCAGAGCAGCUGAAUGGAAGUUUCACUUUGAGGAAUUGCUUCGCUCAGGCACACAUACAACCCCCCUCGGGUACCUGUUCUCAUUUCCUAUGUUAGAUUUUCAAGUGACAUUUCACAAAUCUUCUCUCCCCAAAUUACACUCAGGUAUUACCAAACAGGAAAUAAGUUGGAAAAGAAGGGAGCCAUAUUCUUGCUGUUUAGCUUCAGUCAAUAGCAGGUAAGCUUAGAAGUGGACUAAAAACUACUUUUAGAAUUUGAAAAAGAGUAACCCUCAGAGUUGAUC